CGAGUGUACUGAAAUAAAACUAUCUUCACAGAAAACGGAUUGUGUGAAAUGCAGGAAAUGUACAAAUAAUUUGUAAUCAUAUAAUGAACAUCGCCUAAAGUUUAUAUGUAGGGAGAGCUUUGAUUAAAAUGAUCUCUUCAACGACGUAUAGGAUUAUACAGAGACAUUCGUAACCAAGUUCGGAAGUUAUAAAAGAUUUUAAAUGAGAAGUGAACUUCUUCAAUAUGGAUAACGAUGCACAGAAAGGAAACAGGAUGGAAGACAGCACGGGAGGACCUAAACUACACAUUGAACAUCAAGAAGAAAACGAGGACAGCAAUUCAGAGGAACCUAAUGGAAGGUAUUUUCUUCUAAAAGAAGACAAAGAGAGUAGUACAGAACAGUAUGAGAAAAAGGUCUUUAAAGAUAAAGAUUAUUCAAAAAAGAGCGGCAGCGAAGAAGAUUCUUCUGGGUUAUAUGACGAGGGAUGGACCAGUUCUGAUGACAAUAUAGAUAGACAGAGGAAAGGGGAUAUCCAAGACCACCCUACGAUUAAAGAUAAGAUCUAUGAUUGUGAAACAUUUGCAGGAUUUAAAAUAUCCGAGGCAUACGAGGGAGAUAAAAUCAAACAAGGACAAAGAGUUGUGCAGAAUCCAGAGGCCCUUACAAAUAACAGCAGCACUAAAAGAAGAAACUGCAUUGGAACCGUGGUCCACGCUGGAGAUAACAAAGUUCGCGUGCUGUGGGACUCAGAAGAUAACCCAGAGGAAUAUAACGUACAGGAUAAGUCGGGCGAAAAUGUCCAGUACACCUUACUGCUCCUGGACAAUGCUCAGACCGGAGCUAAGCAUGAAGCCCACGAAUGUGACAACUGCAGAGAAUACCCAAUACGUGGUAUCAAAUGGAGAUGUCUCUAUUGUAAAGACUUUGAUUUAUGUACACGCUGCUACAUGCAGGAUAAGCAUAAUAUCAACCAUCCAUUCCACAGAAAACUAGACAAUAAUUCUAGGACUAUUGAAGUGGGUGUUCGUGGAUUGGAUUCCAAAGAUAACAGCCAUAGAACCGUGUGUGGGAUAUUUCCCGGUGCAAAGGUCUUUUUAAGAAGAGACAAUAACAUAAAAGGAACAGUGGAGGAACUAAAAAAUGAAGAAUCCAGUCUAUUUAACUGCGAUGCGUUCGUGAAUUGGGAUGACACAAAGAGCGAGGAACGUUACAAAGUUGGAAGGAAGGGGAAAGUAGAUUUGAAGUGCGUGACUCCAGGAAAAGGACUGAAAUAUUAUGAAGAUCAUUUGGAGAUUAUAACAAAUGAAAAUGCAAAACCUGGGAUGCGAGUUGUUGCAAAAUACAGAAAAGGGAAGAAGGAACAGUAUGUCGGAACAGUCAUCUCAAAUGAAACAGGAAAAGAUUCAAAAUUCUUAGUACAGUGGGAUGGUGACGGAAAAAUAAAAGAAAUUGGGAAGAAGAAAACAAUAUUUCUUUAUGAUAACAGUCAAACAGGUAUUGAACAUAGUAACAUUCGAUGUGAUGAAUGUGCAAGGAGAAUGAAAGGCGUGCGAUGGAAGUGUGAAAACAAAGACUAUGACCUGUGUACAAGAUGUUAUAUGUCUGGUAGAGGAGAGAUGAAAUUAAAAUUCUGCCGAAUGAUAGAUCCUUCUAAAAGAGAAAAAUUAAAUCAAUCUCGAUCGGCUCUUUCAUCAGAAAAUAAGAUUCAAGCACUUGGACUAUUUGAAGGUGCAAUUGUAUGCGAAAUCGAAAGUUCAAAUGAAACAAGACAAGGAACAAUAUCAAGGAUCACUGAUUACAAAGUUAACACGGGGAGGAGUGUAGUUUCUGUGAAAUGGGACAGCAAUGAUUUUCCCAAGAGCGGAUGGAAAUUCACAGAUCUUAAACUGUGUGAAUCAUUUCCAACUUUAAACUAUUACCCUGCUCAUCUGCCAAAACUUCAAAACGAUAUGCAUGGAUAUAUCAAAGCUGGGGAUGAUAAAACAAAGAUUUCCGUCGACUUCUGGUUAGACGAGAACGAGACCCAUAUAAAACAGGAGAAAGCUCUACCGUAUCUACUGUUUGCGAGUAAUCCUGACAAAGAUAUAGAGAGCGAACAAGAAGAUAAUAAAGAAAAGAUCAAACAUGACAGAGGCAAACUACUACGUAUCAUUAGAAGUGUCUCUGAAAAAUCUGGGUUGCCAUGCUUGGACAUCGUGGAGAAGACGAUGUUCUUUCAGGAUAAAGUUAUCAUUCACCAGAAAACAACUAAAGAAACGAUACAAAUGUUAAUAAAAAUGGGAGAAUAUGCGUUCGAAAGAGGCGAUUCAAAAUACAAAGAGAAUGAAAUUAAAUAUUUCCAACGCAUGACUGAAGCUUACUCUGGUCACGUGGUACUGCCUGUUGCCUUAUCCCUUGAUAACGGCGGAUUUCAACAUGAAAUCGUUGCUUAUGCUGUUAACAUGAAAUUUCCUAUAUUAUCUUCCAGGAAAUCUACAAAAGAUGCAACUGUGACGUUAAUUGACCAUUAUGGGGACCAUCACAACAAAGAGGAAUAUAGCCGUGUUCUAUUAGCAACGAAAUAUUUAUUUAAUGUUGAUAUUCCCUGGAAAGUAAAAAUGGAAUACGACGCUCAAGUGUUUCGUUAUGAUGUGUCCACACUCAAAGACGCAAAUGAAAUAUCGUAUACUGAUGAAAUGCCACAUGAUCUUUACGAAUUAGAUACAAUAGUUUGUUGUACGGUUAUUGCCGUUUGCAUGACAGAAAGAGCACCAAAGGGGUUCAAGGAAAAAUAUGCCAAUCCUUUGUGCAUGUAUCUUCUAAAAAGUGGGAAAUGGAAAAUUCCGAAGGACUGCAUCAAAAACUUUUUUAGUCAUCGUUCCAUUGAAUAUAUUUUUGAAAAGAGCAUGACAGAGGAGUUCAAAAAUGGUCUUUGGAAGGAUUUAAAAGAAACAACUAACGAUGUAUAUGAGCCACCUGUUUGGAACGGUAAAGAGCUUGAAACCUCAAUUUCUGGGCUGUUUGGACUCAUCUUUCUAGCUUUGUUAAAAGAAAAAUUUUACGCCGGCGCAAAGCAAUUCAUUGAAACAGGAUGUGUGCGUAUUCACUUUAUCCUGGUUGGCUGUGUCAUUCUACAAGAGGCCGUGGACGACUGGAGAACAAGUGAAGAAGAUAAAGAAAAAUUCGAACUGAUGAUAAAAAAGUUUACACAUCAAGCUCUGCGUAUUCUCAGCUGUGUACAUGAAGAAGACAAACAAAGGAAUGCAAAAUCACAAAAACAGGAAAAUAAAUCGAAUGAAAUCACUGAAGAGCAGCAAAUAAAAGUAGGAGAAAACAUUCAACAUUCUGGGAGACUUCUCCUUAACCAUGGUUAUCUUACUGGUGGUAUUCAAACAGAGAACAGAAUUUUUCUUGACAAUGAAGUUGUGAAAAACAUUCUUAACCAAAUGUGGUACGGUGUUGAAAAGGUUACCAAGUGUAAAGUACUGGGUUUUGUGCUACUGGCAAUUCUUCAUGUCAUUCUACUACCAUUGCUGAUGAUAACAUUAGAAAACAAGCCUCUUAAAUGGUUGUACAGACAAUAUAAAAUUCCAUUCAUGAAGGUUUUCCUGAACAUGAUGAGUCUUUUUGCGCUCCUAACAGGAUAUGCUUAUAUGCUUCUGUUUGACUUUGACAAAGGGAUAUCCAAGACAGAUAUCUUUGUUAUUGCCUGGAUGACUAGCUUUUUCAUUGAAGAAACAAAACAGGUGAUCGUGGCAGCUAUAAGAAAAAAGAAGAAGCAGUAUAUUACGGACCCCUGGAACAUUCUUGACUGGGUGUCCUUGAUUACGUAUACAUGUGGCAUGCUUAUGAAACUUAACGAUAUGUAUGACUACUUUACUGCAUCCAAAGUUCUGCUAGUUGCGGCUUUCAUCAUGUUGAGUAUACGGAUCCUUCAUAUGUUUUCCAUGUCCGAGUUGUUGGGUCCAACAUUGGUCAUCAUACAGAAAAUGUUUAGGGACACAGUUGCUUUUAUGGCAAUCAUGUUUAUAAUCUCCAUGUGCUAUAACAUCUCUUACUACGCCAUACUAUAUUCUGAAAACUCAGAAUUUUCUUUUGACCAACUGGAGAAAAUAACAAGAAACGGAUACUGGAUGUUAUUCGGAGAGCUGAAUUUGGAAGGAGAUAGAUUGACGGAACCUGAUUGUACAUUUAACGAAACUGAAUAUAGGGAUGGGUCACAAGAACGAUGUCCUUCAGCACUAGGGAGGUUUCUGGCCCCCUAUCUAAAAGCUGUUUACGUUCUCACGGCAGUCAUAUUGCUUUUAAAUUUGCUGAUCGCCAUGUACAGGUAUGCCAUAUAUAUUUAG